AUGGCGAUCUUGAAACACUUGUUGCUUAUUUCAGCUUUGGUGCCACUGGUACUGAGCUACCCUUUCUACCCACAAACAUGCUAUACUAAGGUACUGAGCAUGGCACAGGAACUCACCCACUGGGCAGCAGAUUUGAAGAGGGAUCCUGAGACUAGUUACUGCAUGGCACACAUGCCAAAUCUCUACAUUGAUGUUCAUAACGGUUGUGUGAUGUACAAAAUGAGCACCUACAUCCAAAUGGUGGAAGGCCUGCGACAGCACCGCUGUGCUUACACCAGAGACGUAAGGAAGCUGGGUGUCACUAUGAGACAGCUCUUCAUCAUCAUGUCAGAGAGAUGCCAUGGGGACUUGGUGUUCACAGUCUUUGACUGUUCUGCCCUGGAGCGCUGA